AUGAUGAUGAAAUUGCAUUCAUUUUAUAGAGCAAGUUAUACCCAAGCUAUCAUAAUUGGGAUAUUAUCGUUCUUAACUCCAGGUAUUUUUUCAGCAAUUCAAAGUUUGGGUGCUGGUGGUUUGAAAUCUCCUACAACCGCAAAUGCAGCUUAUGCUUUAAACUCAGGGGUUUUGGUUCUCACGGCUCCUUUAUCGGCUAUUGCAGCAAACAGAUUUGGUUUGAAGCCAACUUUAAUUUUUGGUACUUUAGGUUAUGCUAUUUAUUCUGCAAGUUUAUAUGAGAAUUCAAGAUCGGGUAAUCAAUGGUUCCUUUUGCUUGGCGCUACCUGCUCAGGUCUUUCAGGUGGUCCAUUUUGGACUUGUGAAGGCGCUGUCGCAGUUUCUUACCCUGAAGAAAAAUCCAGAGGUAGAUUUAUUGCAACAUGGCAAUUCCUCAAUAAAUUUGGUACCAUCAUUGCCGGCGCCAUUAGUUUAUCUUUGAAUAUCAAUGGUUCAACUGGAGGUUCAGUUUCUUUAAAUACUUACAUUGUUUUAUUUUCCCUUCAAUGCCUUUCACCGUUUGUUUGUUUCCUAUUAUCACCACCUGAGAAAGUUAUUCGCUCUGAUGGUUCUAAGGUGGAAACUAAUAUUACUGAUCAAAAAACUAGUGAAAGAUUCAAAGAUCUUUGGAGAGUUUUCACAAUCAAACAAAUUCUUUUCUUAUCACCAGGUUUCUUGGGUGCUGUUUGGUUGGGAACUUGGCAAGGGAAUUAUACCGCCAGUUAUUUCUCAGUUCGAGCCAGAUCAUUAUAUUCUUUUGUUACUGCCAUUAUCUGUAUGAUCACUGAUUUCACCAUGGGUUGGUUAUUAGAUUUGAAUCAUAGACGUUCAAAGAAAGUCCAAAUUUCAUGGUUUGUUAUCGUUGCUAUAAUGACAGGCUAUUAUAUUUUCGGCUUUGUUAUGCAAUCCGAAUUUCAAAGAAAUGAUCCAGGUGCAAUGGACUGGAAUGACCCAGGUUUCCUCCGUGCUUAUGUCCCGUUCUUAUUUUUCCGUAUUGGUCUGGAAGCUAUUUUUAACUGGGUCUAUUAUUACAUGGGUUCCAUUCCAUUGAGUCCUUCCCAGGUCACUAUUGGAGUCAGUAUCAUUCGUUCUUGUGAAUCCUUAGGUCAAUGUUUAUCAUAUGCUGUUGGUGCUGUUGACAAAAACAAUUUGGUCAAUCUAGGUGUUUCAGCUGCCAUCUUUUUUUCUUGCGUUCCAUCUGUUACUUACGCUACUUAUCUAUGUAAUGAUGAAGCUCCGAAAGUAGAAGACGGUAGAGAUGGUGGUGAAUGUUCAAUAGAAAUUGAAAAAGUCGAUUCAAAAAAAUCGGGAGUUGUGUACAAUAUUAAUUCAGUCGAGAAAUCCUGA